UCCUUUUAUAUGUUGGAUCAUACACAGACUGCAUAAUUUGUAUAGAGAAGAAAGGUCACCACAAUAAGCCGUGCAAAUAUGGCAAAAUUAGAAUCAACAUCUGAUGUUCAAUUUGUGGAUGACUUCUACUUCUCUGCUCUGCUCUUUGAUCAUGAAAAUGAAGAAAUUCAUAUUUUCCCAAUAUCAGAUGCCAAGUAUGCUGAAGAGCUGCAGUUCCAAGAGGUUCUAAUGGUCUCUUUGAUCAAUGCUGACCAAAUGUCCAGCAAUGUCGCGCCAUCGACAACCCGAGAAACUCCAGCUUCCAAGUCAGAAGUGGUACCAAUUGAGAUUGAAAAAGAAGUUGGCGAAUCGUCGCACAGCUUCUGCGAAAUUUGUGUGGAGAAGAAAGGGACUGAUGACAUGUUUAGGAACCAAACAUGUCACCACUCCUUCUGUUCUGACUGCAUAAGCAAACAUGUUGCUACCAAGAUCCAAGAGAACAUGAGAGUUGUUAUGUGCCCGGGUUUGGACUGCCAAGGAGUGGUAGAGCUCGAUGCGUGUAGGCCGAUGAUUGUAAGGGAAGUGCUUGAAAGGUGGGAUGAAAUGGUGUGCGAGUCUAUGAUUUCGGCAUCAGAAAGAUUUUAUUGUCCUUUUAGGGACUGCUCUGCCAUGAUGGUUAAUGACAGUGUUGGAGAAGUCAUCAGGGAGUCUGUGUGUCCUGCGUGCCGGAGACUGUUCUGCGCGCAGUGUUAUGUCCCGUGGCAUCCGGGGAUCGAGUGCGAAGAGUUUCAGAGAUUGAAUGAGGAUGAAAGAGGGAAAGAAGAUCUGAUGGUGAGAGAGCUUGCUAAGGAGAAGAAGUGGAUGAGAUGCCCAGAGUGCAAAUUUUAUGUUGAAAAAACAGAGGGUUGUUUACAUAUGACUUGCAGGUGUGGAUUCCAGUUUUGCUAUGCAUGUGGAGCAACUUAUACUGAAACUCAUGGUGGUUGCCAGCCGCCAAUAUGAUCGAUUAUCAGUAUCAAGAAUAAAUGUGUGAGAUAGCAAUGUUGUAAAUCAAUGCUAUUUAAAGAGGUCUAUGACCUCUUUUGGCUCUGUUCAGCCCAUUUGUGUCAAGAAAUGAACUGAGCAUGACUACUGAUUUAAGUCUAUCAAUUAUUUUAGUAAGGAAAAUGUGCUUGUAUUAAUCAUGAAAAUACUCCAAUUUAAAUAUUAUUUUCUUCAUGAACUCAA